AUGGUCACUGGGAGUUCUGGGACAAACCGAAUGCUAGGGAUCCCACAUAUCAAGGACAUGAUAUACGAAAAUAGAAUGACCUAUGCUGAAAAGCACGGCUUCGAAUUCAUGUGGGCGAACAUGACAAGCUACAACCUACCCGAUGGCUCGCCCUUCUACUGGAAUAAAAUCCCUAUUCUUCAGGAUGCUUUCAAACGCUAUCCGCAUGCUGAAUGGGUCUGGUGGAUGGAUGUGGAUAUCAUCAUCAUGAACAUGUCACUCAGUAUCUACGAUCACGUUCUAUCGCCGAAAGGAAUGGCCCAGAACAUCCUUCUGGACCAACCAAUUCAUGGUGCUGGUGGAGGUGAUACAGGAUACCGUACUCCAGCAGCUUACAAGGCCGAAGAUGUCAACUUUGUCAUCUCCAUGGAUGCAUGGGGUAUGAACGUGGGGAACUUUCUGAUGCGUCGCAGCGACUGGAGCACGUGGUUACUGGAUUUGUGGAUCGAGCCUCUAUACAUUGCACAGAAUUGGGUGUUCCCUGAGAAUGAUGCUUGGACUCACAUGUGGCAACAUCAUAAAAUUGUUCAAGAUCAUGCGGUUUGUAUGAAGCAACGGACCUUGAAUGCGUAUCCAGCUUAUAACGCUCUUGGAGAGCAUUGGCAAGAGGGUGAUCAUAUCAUUCAAUUUGCAGGGUGUGGUGAUAGUUCAAUCUGCGAAACUGAGUGGAAGAAGUACUGGAAUUUGCGUGAGAAAGUGGAAGUACCUGUUUCUGUUCAGGCCAAGCUGAGAGAUGGCACAGCUGAGAUUGAGACUGCACAGGGAAAAGAAGGGGUUCUUACUGAGAAUUAG